UGGUUUCCCCUUCUUGCCCCUCUAUUGGAGGAACAGUAGGCUGGUGAAUGUCAAGCUUGCGACCUGUUCGCCCUCGAAAUGCGCCGGGGACUGCCGUUGUGGCACCAUUGCGAGCUGGGCGAGAACGCAUUGUUCGCCAGGGCCAGGAGCCCAUUGUGAGACGCGGCCGUGUGCAGCUUGCUCGCAACUCUUCCCUGGUGAGGAGCCUGUCAGCACCUCGAGGUCCAACGCCCGUGCGCUUCACCGCGCAAGCGACGGUGCAACGCGGCUCCUCGCGGCGGAACAUCUCGGUGGGGCCGCAGGGGCAGCGACAGCCCAGGGGAUGGAGUCAACCGGAAGAACCUUCAGAGGACUGGUGUUUUGCUUACUAUUUGGCUGCUGGGCUCAACUUGAAGGCUCUACAUCAGCGCUGGUUGCGCAGCCUCCGCCAGCCCAGUGAACGAGAAGAAUCGCGAACAGUGAUUCGCUUCAAUGACGACGUGAUGCUCUUGAAGGUUGAUGAGAAAGACUGUUUUGUCUUCUCUUUUGGCUGCCUGGUCUGUUGGGGAUGCACUCCACAAGAAGUGGGAGCUGCCAGAGAAUAUCUCCAGGGGCACCUCACAAAACCUGUGGAGCCUUCUCACAUUGAAAAGGAUUUUCUCAGCAUUACUGGAAAUGCCAGUGCCCUACCCAUUGCUACAAAGGCAGUGGAUCGCUUAGCUAUCGCCUACUCCUUGGCACAGUCCGUGCGCCUGAGCUAUUGGGAGCAGAGGAUUGACCAGUGGGUGGCGGCCACUCGCACUAUCCCGGAAGACAUGGCAAAUACAGGUCGGGUUUUGCUGAGCCCGCAUCGUGUGAGCCAGAUGAUGGGCGAGUUGUUUGCACUGAAAAAUCAGGUGAACUUGGAGUUUGACACCUUAGACACACCAGAUGUCUUUUGGGACUACGAAGAGUCUGAACCGUUCUAUCAAGAGACAAGGCUUCACUUGGACAUGGACAGACGCAUCAACAUCUUGAAUCAACGGUUUGAGGUGCUGGAGGACAUGUUUGAUGUUUUGCAAGACAAGUUGAACGAGAGGCAGGAGCACAGGCUCACCUGGAUCAUCAUUUGGCUUUGCGCUUUGGAAGCGGUUUUCACUGCCUUCAAACUUUUCUGGCUGGCUGGGGUGCCCUUCGCCAUACAUUUGGAGCAACGGCUGGAGAGAGGCAUUUUUGGAAGCCCUUCGCUUCCUGACGCCAAUGCAUCGCAGCUGACUCCAAUGCACAACACUUCUGCAGCGGUGUCACACCCGAAUGCAUCAAGAAGCUCUGGAAAUACUUCCGCAAUCAUACACUUCAACAGCUCUACCGGUUCCAACAACUCCACUACCUCUAACAUCACACAGGCCCAUCUCUACAGGCCUUCAAUGCAGGAGGCGCCACGGAGAUACAUCCUGCUGUUGCCCAUCCUGGGCUCCCUCGACUGGAUGCGCUGUCAGCUCUGUCUCUGGUGAGGGGCAAAGAACCCACGCACUGAGCUGGAUCCGCUUGG